AGAUACCAAGAUGUUUUCCUGUCAGAGCUUAUUACUGUAACAAUAUUAUUGUUAUAGUAUUAUUUCUGGAUUUAAAAGAAAUACAGCGUUCGUGUCACUUCAUGAAAUACCCUUAAGGAAUGUGGAGGAAGUUUUAUAUUGUGUAACUUAAGUUUUGAUUUUGAAUCUUUAAGCCACAGGCACACCUAUAGAACCAGUUUUAUAUUCUAAAUCCAAAUGUGAAACAUGUCUUGGAAGAGAAAUUAUUUUUCUGUGGGACAGGGCGGCGUGCAAGGCAUGUUUACUCCACGAAAUACAACAUCUAUAGCACCAAGUAAAGGUCUCAGCAAUGAGCCAGGACAAAAUAGCUGCUUCCUGAAUAGUGCAUUACAGGUUCUCUGGCAUCUUGAUAUUUUUCGACGCAGUUUUCGACAACUUACAACCCAUAAAUGCAUGGGAGAUUCCUGUAUAUUUUGUGCCCUCAAAGGUAUCUUUAACCAGUUCCAGUGCAGCAAUGACAAAGUGUUACCUUCUGAUGCUCUUCGUAGUGCUCUCGCAAAGACGUUUCAGGAUGAGCAGCGUUUCCAGCUAGGCAUUAUGGAUGAUGCUGCGGAAUGCUUUGUGAGUAUGAAAGUGGUGGAACGUUGA